UGAGCUCUUUCGGGCGCGCGGGGCUGCAGCAAGGCAUGGGCGCCCCCCUAUCCCCGUGGGCGCCCUGCCGCACGCACAUGGCCCGGCGGUAGGCGCGCGGUGCGGCCUGGGAGAGUCGGAAGCGCGGCGAGGCCCGGCGAGGCGGCAGCGAAGGGCCAUGCAGGACGCGGAGAACGUGGCGGCGCCCGAGGCGGCCGAGCAGCGGGCCGAGACCGGGCAGCAGCAGCCGGCCGCCGAGCCGCCGCCGGGGGAGGAGCCGGCGCGGCCCGGCGCGCAGGAGGCGGCGGGCGGCGAGGACGAGGAGGCUGAGCCGGGGCCUGAUGUGCCGGCCGAGCCCGCGGCGGACGAGGAGGAGAAGGCCGGCGCGACCCACGGCGUGUCCCCGCUGCCGGCCGAGGAUUCCCCCACCCCGGCCGCGGACGAGGCCCCGGCGGGGCAGGUGCGGGACGCUGCGUCAGAGACCGGGUCCGAGGGGUCGAGCGGGGAGCCGGGCGGCGCGGCGGAGAACGGCGGCGCGGACGAGCCCUCCUUCAGCGACCCCGAGGACUUCGUGGAGGACGUGAGCGAGGAAGAAUUACUGGGCGAUAUACUCAAAGAUCGGCCACAGGAAGCAGAUGGAAUCGAUUCCGUGAUUGUGGUCGACAAUGUUCCUCAAGUGGGACCUGACCGUCUGGAGAAACUCAAAAACGUCAUCCAUAAGAUCUUUUCCAAGUUUGGGAAAAUCACAAAUGAUUUUUAUCCAGAGGAGGAUGGAAGGACAAAAGGGUAUAUUUUCCUGGAGUACGCAUCCCCUGCCCAUGCUUUGGAUGCUGUGAAAAAUGCCGAUGGCUACAAGCUCGACAAGCAGCACACAUUCAGAGUCAACCUCUUCACCGAUUUUGACAAGUACAUGACUAUCAGUGAUGAGUGGGAUAUUCCAGAGAAACAGCCUUUCAAAGACCUGGGAAACUUACGUUAUUGGCUUGAAGAGGCAGAAUGCAGAGAUCAGUACAGUGUGAUAUUUGAGAGUGGAGACCGCACUUCCAUAUUCUGGAAUGACGUGAAGGAUCCGGUCUCCAUUGAAGAGAGAGCGAGAUGGACAGAGACGUAUGUGCGUUGGUCUCCUAAGGGCACCUACCUGGCGACCUUUCAUCAGCGAGGCAUUGCUCUUUGGGGGGGAGAGAAAUUCAAACAAAUUCAGAGAUUCAGCCACCAAGGGGUUCAGCUUAUUGAUUUCUCACCUUGUGAAAGGUACCUGGUGACUUUUAGCCCCCUGAUGGACACUCAGGAUGACCCUCAGGCCAUCAUCAUCUGGGACAUCCUUACCGGGCAGAAGAAGAGAGGUUUUCACUGUGAAAGCUCAGCCCAUUGGCCUAUUUUUAAGUGGAGCCAUGAUGGUAGAUUCUUUGCCAGAAUGACACUCGAUACUCUCAGUAUCUAUGAAACUCCUUCUAUGGGUCUUUUGGACAAGAAGAGCUUGAAGAUCUCUGGCAUAAAAGACUUCUCCUGGUCUCCCGGUGGUAACAUAAUAGCCUUUUGGGUGCCUGAAGAUAAGGAUAUUCCAGCCAGGGUAACCCUGAUGCAACUUCCUACCAGACAAGAGAUCAGAGUUAGGAAUCUAUUUAAUGUUGUGGAUUGCAAGCUACAUUGGCAGAAAAAUGGAGAUUACUUGUGUGUUAAAGUAGAUAGGACUCCAAAAGGUACCCAGGGUGUUGUCACAAAUUUUGAAAUUUUCCGAAUGAGAGAAAAACAGGUGCCUGUCGAUGUGGUCGAAAUGAAAGAAACCAUCAUAGCCUUCGCCUGGGAGCCGAACGGGAGUAAGUUUGCCGUGCUGCAUGGGGAAGCUCCUCGGAUAUCGGUGUCUUUCUACCACGUGAAGAACAAUGGCAAGAUCGAGCUCAUCAAGAUGUUUGAUAAACAGCAGGCCAACACCAUCUUCUGGAGCCCCCAAGGACAGUUCGUCGUGCUGGCUGGUCUGCGGAGUAUGAACGGCGCCUUGGCCUUCGUUGACACUUCGGACUGUACGGUCAUGAAUAUCGCGGAGCACUACAUGGCCUCCGACGUCGAGUGGGAUCCGACCGGGCGCUAUGUCAUCACGUCCGUGUCCUGGUGGAGCCACAAGGUGGACAAUGCCUAUUGGCUGUGGACGUUCCAGGGCCGCCUCCUGCAGAAGAACAGCAAGGACCGCUUCUGCCAGCUGCUGUGGAGGCCUCGGCCCCCCACCCUCCUGAGCCAGGAUCAGGUCAAGCAAAUUAAAAAGGAUCUGAAGAAAUACUCCAAGAUCUUUGAACAGAAGGAUCGUUUGAGCCAAUCCAAAGCCUCAAAGGAAUUAGUGGAGAGAAGACGAACCAUGAUGGAAGAUUUCCGAAAAUACCGGAAAAUGGCUCAAGAACUCUAUAUGGAGCAGAAAAACGCACGGCUGGAAUUGCGAGGAGGUGUGGACACGGACGAGCUGGACAGCAACGUGGACGACUGGGAGGAGGAGACCAUCGAGUUCUUCGUCACCGAAGAAAUUAUUCCGCUUGGAAGCCAGGAGUGAUCCGAGAGCCCUGCGCGAGCGGACGGUGUCCCCUUGUUGCAGCGUCACCGUGUGUUGUGCUGGAACCGAGGUCAUCCUUUUGCGGAAAGCCUGCCCACUCUUGACUUUUCACCUGCGCUUUCUCCCGCCCGGGCUGUGGCCGCGCCUGGGACUCGCCGUCUCCACACGUCGCUGUGCCUUUCAGCCACUGGUACCCAGGGUGGGGGAGGUUUGCCGGCGCUGCUCUCGGUUUUCUCUCGCUGGGUUUCCAAUCGCACCGAAGACUGGGCCCUGCCUCACGCGGCCAGCGCCGUCCACAGCCGCGCGGGGUCCCUCCAGGGCUCCCUGGCCGCCAGCAGGGAAGCCGCUUGGGGCGCCAGCGCGUCCCCCGCCAUUCAGGUUGUGACAGGUUCUCUCAACAGGCUGAACGUGGAAAUAAAAGCAAACCUGUAUGAAAAA